UCAAUUAUUUUUAGUAAAAAAAAAAAAAAGGAAUUAAAAAAGAUUCUAUCUUCGGAGUAUCUUAAGUAAUGAGUAUACAGCCAAAUGUUUAAAAAAUUGUGAAAAAAUGAGAAGGGGAAGAAGUUUUUGUUUUGGUGUAAUUAGUAAAAAUGGGAAGUUGACAAGCAGGAAGCAGCAUCAGAAUUAGAGACUUGGUGAGGAAGAUUUUCAAUUAAAAUCAAUAAUGGAAUGGUUGUCCAUUAUUGAUUAAAAAAAAGAUUUUCAUAUAACCAACCAACCAACAAUUGAAGUCCACACCAAUUUGCAAUGGAGCUAAGCUACUAAUUUUUCUACCACUCUCAGCUUCUCUAUCUAUCUAUCUAUCUAUCUGGGGUUGUUUUGGAAGAGUUUGAUACGAGUCUAUUUGUGUGAUACCUGGCUCUCGAGCAUUCUACUGCAGUUUUGUUGAAAUGUCUAUGCUAACAAAGUUACGCUUAAUUACGGUUGAUGUUACUGGCACACUAAUUGCUUACAAAGGGGAGCUCGGUGACUAUUACUGCAUGGCAGCCAAAUCAGUUGGACUCCCUUGUCCUGACUAUAAGCGGGUACAUGAGGGUUUUAAACUUGCUUACACAGAGAUGGUAAAUAAGCACCCUUGUUUUGGAUUUUCAGAGAAGAUACCAAACAUUGUCUGGUGGAAGACAUGCGUGCGGGAUUCUUUUGUCCGGGCAGGAUAUGACUAUGAUGAAGAAACAUUCGAGAACGUUUUCAGACGCAUAUACGCUACCUUUGGUUCCGCUGCACCAUAUAGUAUCUUUCCAGAUUCACAGCCAUUCUUGAAAGGGCUUCGUGAGAAGGGUAUUAUUGUUGGAAUCGUGAGCAAUGCAGAGUAUAGGUAUAAGGAUGUAGUCCUUCCAGCAUUGGGUUUACAUGAGGGAUCGGAAUGGGACUUUGGCGUAUUCUCAGGUCUCGAAGGUGUAGAAAAGCCAGACCCAAGAAUGUACGAGAUAGCCUUGGAGAGAGCAGGGAACAUAGCACCCGAAGAGGCUCUUCAUAUUGGAGAUAGCAUCCGUAAGGACUACCUGCCCGCAAAGAGUGUUGGAAUGCACGCCCUUUUAUUGGACAGAUUUAAAACGCCAGAUGCUGAGAAUUGGAAGAAAUCUGGUGCUACUGUACUGCCCAACUUGGUUGCUGUACAAGAGUGGCUUUCCUCUGAGGAACAUGGUCGCUAGUAACUUGUUUUCGAGUCUACUACAAACAAAUUUACUGCCAUUUUUCUAUCUGACAAGUUGUAGUAGCAAACUUUUGUAAGGGAUAUUGUUUUAUCUUGUUAAUGAUUAGACACUGGUUACCUAAUUUAAUCAAGUAGCUCUCAGUUUCAGUGAGCAUAAAAGUGAUGUUCAA